CUUGCAAUACUUUCUAUGUUUGUUUUUCCUUUCUCUCUAUCUCUUUCCAAUCACAUGAGACCCUCUCUUCCUAUCCAAUUUUUUGUAUUGGAGUUGAUGAAAAAAAAAAAAGUGUUGCGAGUAAAAAAAAAACGGAGGAAGUAGAAGAAAGCAGGCCUAAACCUCGGCAGGCAACCAAACUCUCGGAGGCUCGAACAUUCAUUCAAACUUAAUACCCAACAAAACAAUCUGCCUUUGCUUUGCUGCACUUACUUUCUCAGUGGAGACUGUAGAGUGGACAUGAGGAGAUGAAAGGCCUCUCAAGUUUAGCUUCUAGGGCUUCUCCUGCUUUCAAAAACCUUACUAAAAAUCACCCAAAUCAAUUUAAAUCCUUCAGAAAACAAAACCCUACAAUUCUUGUAUCAAAUACCCAGAAAACUGAAGAUCAAAAAUUGAGAGGUAGGUCUUCUUUCGAUUCUAAUUUCAAAAACUGCACCUUUAAACAUCCUCCCCUACAAAAUUUUCGCCCUAAAACAAUUGAUUUUGAAACUCUUUCUCAAAUUUUGUUGAGAAAAGACUGGCAUUUGUUGCUAAAUCAUGAAUUAAAGGCGGGGAGGGUGGUUCCUACCCCUCAAAUUGUGGUGAGUAUUAUUCAAAAUCAAGAAAACCCAUUAAUUUCAAUGAGGUUUUACAUAUGGGUUUUGAAUUUCAACCCAUUAUUUGAGAAAAAUCAGCAAAUUAGGGGUGUUUUGAGUAAUGUAUUACAUAGAAAAGGUCCAGUUUUGUUAUCUGCUGAGUUGGUUGAGGAUAUUAAGAGUUCCGGGUAUCGAAUUAGUGAGGAUUUUGUAUGCAUUUUGAUUGGUAGUUGGGGUAGAUUAGGGUUAGCAAAGUACUGUGUUGAGAUAUUUGGACAAAUUUCAUAUUUGGGUCUUAGUCCUACUACUAGGUUGUAUAAUGCUGUACUUGAUGCUUUGAUAAAGUCGAAUUCGCUCGAUUUGGCGUAUUUGAAAUUCCAGCAGAUGCCUGCUGAUUGUUGUAAACCUGAUAGGUUCACUUAUAAUAUCCUUAUUCAUGGGGUUUGUAAGGCUGGAGUGGUUGAUGAAGCACUUCGUUUGGUUAAACAGAUGGCAGAUUUGGGUUAUGCACCGAAUGUGUUUACGUAUACAAUACUAAUUGAUGGAUUUUGUAAUGCCAAUAGGGUGAAUGAUGCUUUUGGGGUAUUUGAGACAAUGAGAGCUAGGAAAGUGGCUCCAAGUGAUGCUACGUAUAGGUCCUUGGUGCACGGGGUGUUUCGUUGUCUUCGGCCGAAUAAGGCAUUUGAAUUGUUAUCUGGAUUUGUUGAAAGAGAACCAGUUUUGCCUAAAGUAGCUUGCGAUACUGUAUUGUACUGCUUGUCGAAUGACUCCAUGGCCAGGGAGGCAGUUUCCUUUUUGAGAAAAUGUAGGGAGAGAGGUUAUCUGCCUGAUACUUCUGUUUUUAACAUUACAUUAACUUGUUUAAUAAAGAAGCUGAAUGCUGAAGAGACCUGUGAAAUAGUGAAUAGUUUUUUGGAAUUAGGCUUAAGUCUAUCUUUGCAUACUUAUCUUACCCUUAUUGAAACUUUGUUAAAAGGGGGACUUGAUAGAGAAGCAAGUCAAUAUUUGGUGCAGGUGUUCCAGGCUGGAUUACUAUCUAAUGUUAACUCAUACAAUAUGGUAAUUGAUUGCUUGAUGAAAGCUAGGAUGACUGAAGAGGCACUAGAUAUGUUCUUAGGGAUGCAGCAAAGAGGCAUUAAACUAAACCUUGCUACUUUUAAUACAUUAAUUGAUGGGUGCUUUAAAGCUGGAAAAAUAGGCAAAGCUUGUGAACUCUUGGUGAUGCUCUUACAGCAUGGAUUUAAACCAGAUAUUUUCACUUUUAGUUCAGUAAUUGAUGGUCUCUGUCGGGUGAAUAGGAUUGAGGAUGCAUUUGGUUGUUUUGCUGAAAUGAAGGAGUGGGGCGUUAUUCCUAACACUGUUACUUACAACAUUUUGAUUCGUUCUUUGUGCAUUGUUGGGGAUAUUGGUAGGUCUAUGGCAUUCUUUAGAAAGAUGCAAUCUGAUGGAAUUGACCCAGAUGUAUAUUCAUUCAAUGCUUUGAUUCGAAGCUUCUGUAAAAUGAAUAAGAUUGAAGAAGCCUGGAAUUUGUUUGUCUCCAUGCUUGCAUUAGGACUGGUUCCAGACGAUGUCACAUAUGGUGCUCUUAUCAAAUCAACGUGUGAUACUAAUAAAUCUCAAGAUGCAAUGGACAUUUUCUUGUCAAUGGAAGUUAAUGGACGUGUUCCAGAUUCACGUACAUGUAAUUUUUUUGUUGAUACCCUUGUGAAGUUGGGUCAGAUUAAAGAAGCCCAGGAUGUUUUGAGUAAAUGCAAACAGUGGGGUAUAGCAGUGAAGUCCGUGUAAGUAUCGGCUUCAAACUUUAAGCACUAUUCUGGUAUUUGAGCUGCUCCACAGGGUGUUCAGGCACAAAGCUUUCUGUGCUCCCUGUUUCAUAGCUGACUUGGCUGCAUGAGAGAUGGCUUUCAUGAGUCGAUGUUUGAAAAAAAAAAUGCUAGCUCCAUGAGACAAUAUCAGGCAUGUUUAGGAGGAUAUGGUCGAGAAGAAGUUGAAGAACAUUCUUUAUAAUCACAAUUAACGAAGUGCAUAUACAACUUUGUAUAGCAAUCAUUGCUUUAGAGAUUGAGCCAUUGAAUUGUCUGAGGAAGAUUAUUGAUCCUCGUGGAAUAAAGUGACAUUUAUGGAGGGAGUAUAGCAGGUGAAGAUUUUCAAAGUGCCACAAGCUACUACUUCGCUCGUGACAGGAGACACCAGAUACGGCUUCGAGGAAGAACUAGAUAUUAAUGGCGUUAAGGAGGGCAUUAUCAGACAUGGCUAUUAAGCAGAUGGCUUUACAGAUGCAAUCUGAGACGUGUCCUUAGGUAAGUGGGUUACAUGGAGGAACUAAGAUCUCACCACUUCCCACUGCAGACAUAACACAGAUAGAGAAUGGAAGCCAGAGUGGCUGUCAUUUGUCGUGUUGAUAUGAAUUCAUUUAAGUUCACCACAGUAUGUGAUAGCUGGAGGAGAUUACGAUUAUGAGCCUCAAAUCGGACCUUUAGGCAAACAUCCUGAUGAAGGCAAUGAGGACCAUGGUCAUGAAGGGUUCAAUGAGGAUCACGGUCAUGAAGGGUUCAAUGAGGAUCACGGUCAUGAAGGGGGUGAGGAAGAUCACGGUCAUGAAGGGGGUCAGGAAGAUGCUGGUGUGAGCGCGGAUCCAACUCAUAUUGUUGAUGGAGCCUUGGUUUGCUUCCAUGGGAAAAAUAUCUACAACCACUGUGAUGAAUCCUGCAGACUGACAGCACACGGGGAGCUCCAUGUACCCCACGAUCACGUCGAUGAGUUCUGUAGCGGGCCUUGCCUUGAGGAGACGAACCAUAUGCUAGACUGCAUAGAUGGGAUUAUGGGUCACUUUUUGUUCUUUAAUAGGGCCACCACUCAGGAUGUCAGGGAUACAAUUCUUGCAGGCUGUGGACAUGGUGAUAAAAGAGGUAAUUUUGAUGUGGGAGAGCACAUUGAAGCUGAUGAAGGGAGCGGAAGCAUCGGAUGCAAGGCUACAUAUUCCCUACUGUCUGGCAUUUUUCUUUCAGCCAUAGGGCAAAAUCUGUUACUAUUGUAAAACCAUGGUAGUAAGUAAUUAUUGACUAUACUACCUAGGCUUAUUCUCUCGCAACUUUUGCUGUGAGAUGUGCUGAGUAUGCUUGAAACUUUUUCUUUUGACAAUUUGUACUAAUUUAUGAUGAAGGGAAUUACUCUUUUAUUACGUA